CAUUUCAUUCAGCGUUAGUGCUGUGCACAGACAGGAAAGUCAAAAAAAGAUUGACUUGCAGCUCUCGGACAGAGGAAGCUCAGGAGCCGUCCUUUUCCAUGAACUGUCCGGGAUGGGCUCUUAGGAGAAGCCGAGGUUAAAACUAUUCACAAAAGGCAAGGCAUUGCUUGAGCAGCAAGAAGAUGUCCCCGAUGUGAGAAAAUCAGAAACUCUCAGGAACAUCAGCAAAUUACAGGCAAUGAGAUUGGCCUAAGGUCUACAGGGAGGCAGUGAUGAUGAAGUUGACCAGUCCGUCCCCUCUCUGGUGUCUGAUUCUCCUGCUCUCUUUGAGCUGGAAUGUGCCAGGGUCAGUGUUGAUAGGUGCCAAUCCUUUGGAUUCUGUGCAUCGAGGGUGGCAGAGGUUGAUGGAGCAAGAGGAUGAUUGCCCUCCCUGUGUGUCAGACCAGUGUCCUACCCCCCAGGGGUGUCUGGCCGGUCUGGUCAGGGACCCCUGCGACUGUUGCUGGGAGUGUGGCAAUAUUGAAGGCCAGAUCUGUGACCUGGACAACAGCAACCAUUUCUAUGGUCAGUGCGGAGAGAACCUGGAGUGUAAGCUAGACCUGGGCGACCUGAGGCAAGGGGAGAUCCCGGAGCCCCAGUGUGUGUGUCAGUCCAACCAGGCCAUGUGUGGCUCCGAUGGGCAAACAUACCCCCAGAUCUGUAAGUUCCAGGAGGCUGCUAAUGGCAACGAAACAUCCAAUAUCACCCUGGCACAUGAGGGUCCUUGUGAAGGAGUCCCUCAGAUUAUAUCCGCUCCCUUCAACAUCUGGAACACCACGGGAGAAGAUGUCAUUUUCGGUUGCGAGAUCUUUGCUUACCCAAUGGCAGCUAUUGAGUGGCGGAAAGACGGGCUGGACACCUUCCUGCCAGGUGAUGACCCCCACAUCUCCGUACAGUUUCGAGGAGGUCCAUUUAAGUAUGAAGUGACGGGUUGGCUCCAGAUCCAGGCAAUUCGCAGCACGGAUUCGGGAGUGUAUCACUGUUCCGCAAGGAACAAAUUGGGUGAAGUGUCAGCAGCUGCCAGUCUGACUGUCAUCUCACCAGAUCAGAUGAGUGAGAUUGAAACUCCAUGGAGGCAGUCCCUGCAUCUCGUAGAGGAUUAUUCUGAUGAUUAUUACUGAGGAAGGAAAUUUACAACGUGGGCUAAGCACACUCAAUGUGGAGACACCAGUGCAUCAGCCAACAAUGCAGACCUGCUGGAUGUGGCAAUGAAUCCUAAUAAAGUUUAACA